CUCUUUACUUCCGUAGACCAGAUAGCUCUGCCUGACUUCAGCGCCGGAGCCAUGGAGAACUGGGGUCUGAUCACCUACAGAGAGACAGCCCUGCUCUACAACCCUGCCAGCUCGUCCAAUGGGGACAAAGAGUGGAUCGCUACGGUCAUCUCUCAUGAACUGGCUCACAUGUGGUUUGGUAACCUGGUGACCAUGAAGUGGUGGAAUGACCUGUGGCUCAACGAGGGCUUUGCCUCCUACGUCUCGUAUCUUGGGGCCAACUCUGCUGAACCCACGUGGAACGUAACAGACCUGAUAGUGCUGAAGGAGGUGCACGGGGCGAUGUCUGUAGACGCGCUGGCCUCCUCUCAUCCUCUCUCUGCUAAAGAGGAAGACAUCGUGAGGCCUGCACAGAUCAGUGAGCUGUUUGACACCAUCACCUACAGCAAGGGAGCUGCAGUUCUGAGGAUGCUGUCUGAGUUCUUGACAGAGCCGGUCUUCGCCCGAGGACUUAGCGAGGAACCCAGGGCCAGAACUCGCACCAGCAUAUGGUCUCACAAGGGGUCUGAGGAUCUCAUCUCGUUGCCUAAUGGCAGUCAAGCUACCUCUGGCGAGCACGUGGAGGGCUGUGCGGCCCCCAGAGAAAUGCCACCCCACACUAUGACUGACCCACCCCCAAACCGGUCAUGCUGGAGGAUGUUGCAGGCAGCAGAACGCUCUCCACGUGCGUUUCCAAACUCUGUCAGCGCCUGUCACGUGCUCAUGGAACCUGCUUUCAUCUGUGAAGAGCACAGGGCGCCAGAGGCGACUGCCACAAUCUUGUGUUCUCUGGCAAAUGUCGAACGCCCUGCACGGUGGUUGGGCUGUAAGCACAACCCCCACCUGUGGACGCCGGGCCCUCAUACGACCCUCAUGGA